UUCCUGCCUCUGAUAGACUGAACAUGUAAAGAAAAUCCAUUUUAAGGGGCCUGUCAGGAGUGCUCAUAGAUCCUGGUUCAGUGCCAGGUGGUCUCUCUCUGUGGGAUACUGUAGGUAGGGUGGAUUUGGGGACGAAAGUGAUAAGUUUAGUUUGGGGCAUGUUGAAAUUAAGGGGCCAGUAACCAGGGCUGAUAUUUAAAACAUUUAACGACCAUUUGAGUACAGAUAGGAAUUAGCAUGGCUGCCUAUUUUUAUGCAUGCUGACUAAAAAUUGGCUCUCCACACAGGACAUUCAGGCAGGAAUUUGGAAUUGAGGAGACAGAAAUCAGAGGCAAAAUCAGACUGGAUAGAAUGGAUUGGGUGGGCAGAUAGAUAAUGCUUACUCAGUCCCAAGGAAUUGAUUAGAUUGGUAGGAAAGGGCUAUUAGAUAAACUCUGGGAACGUGAUGAGGUUAAGUAGUGAGUGAGGAGUAGAUGGAAAAGUUAGAAGAGAAUGGAAACAGAACAGUAUCCUGGAAAUCAAGAAACAAGAUAAUUUUAAGGAUGGAAUGGUCAAGGGGAUAACAAAGUGAACCUGUUCAUUGUAGAAAAGAUCGAAAAUGUCAUGGAAAUAAUGUGUUCACACUUUUCUUUGGUGUUUCCCUAUCUUACAUUCAGUUACGUAGUGAUUUACUCGGAUUCUGAUGACGAAUACUUCCCUGAGAAAGAUGGAAAUGAGAUUCUGGAAGUGUUAUCUGAUAUUGAUGACAUUAUGAUCCACGAGUUUCCAAUAAUUAUCAGUGAUGAUGAUGAUAGUAAUGUGGAGGGCCCUGUGACAACAGAAGAGGAUGCAGCUGAUGAAAUGGCCUCAAUUGAAAAGAAGAUGGACCAGUGUGCUCUCUCUCCAUGCAAUUCAUCUCAUGAAAAUCUCUGCCAACUACCAAAUGCUGCCAAGGUUGAAGUAGACAUUUCAGAUAUAAAUAUGUUAACUGAUGGAGAGCUUGUACCUGUACCAAGGAAAAGGAAAUGUAAAACCAAAAAUAUAUGUGUGACACCUGCUAUUAGAGGACAAAAGCGGGUACAGCCUUCAAAGAAGAAAUGCAGAGCAGCGUGACCCAAGAAGCAUGAGCCUAGGAACACUGACUGCAAUAUAGCUGGAUGUUUCUUGGGUGACACUGAAAAGUUAAAGCAGUAUUCUGGAAGGAAAUUCAAGAGAAAUAAGGAUGAACUGGUUCAGAAAUUAUAUGCCCUGAUGAACAACACUGUCUUUGAGAACAAGCUGCCAGAGAGACUGGAUAUCCACUGGAAUAAUAAGAUGCUGAGAACUGCUGGCUUGUGCAGCUCUGGCCUGUUUCAUUACCGGAAGGAGCACUAUACUAAGAUUGAGAUUUCUCUGAAAGUCUGCGAUUCUGCAGACUGAAUCCGGGAUACUUUGAUCCAUGAGCUAUGCCAUGCAGCCUCCUGGCUGCUUGAUGGCAUCCGUGAUUCUCAUGGUCAAGCAUGGAGAAAUUAUGCCAGAAAAUGUAAUAUAGUGCACCCAGAGCUGCCCUUGGUCACCCGUUGCCAUAACUACAAGAUUAACUACAAGAUUUAUUAUGAGUGUGCUCGAUGCAAAACCAGGAUUGGCCGCUACACCAGAUCGUUGGAUGUUGGGCGCUUUGUCCGUGUUGAAUGCAAGGGACCUCUGGUCCUGCUGCCGUUAACUCGGAAAGAUGGGACCCCCAUAAAGCCCCAUGUGAGACCCUUUGACAAAUAUGUGAAGCUGCAUUACAGAUUAGUCAGGGAGCAGAUGGCAGGCAUCACCCGGGAUGUGAUGAGAACGCUCAGCAAAGAUUACUUUAUCUGUAAAGAAAAGAAAAACCUUUGAGGUUAUGUGAGAGGGUAUCUGUGUGAGCCGAGUCCUCUACUGUGAAGAAGUUUUAGAAAAAUACCUUUAUUUCUAUAAAGUUAUGAAUAAUAUAAUUUAAAUCCUUUUUAUAAAGCUUUUAUUGUUGAUAAUUGUUCUUUAACCAAAGAUUAUAUUACCCAGCACUUUGUGCCCUUGACAGUGCGCAGAAGCCCUUUGGGCCCACCUUGUGUCUUACUUACACUCCAGAGUUGUAACUUGUAGAAUCAAAUGCGAAAUCAAAAUACAUU